AUGGGCGAACAAGAGGGUGGUUCAAAUAAAAACAUAGCUUGCCAUGUGCGGGUCCCGAAAUGGUUCAAGGAUCGAUUCAGAAAGUUUGGAAUCCUGAUUGGUUCCCAUCCUAUCAAGCUCAUCGCGUUGUCAUUAAUCGUGACUGUUGGUCUGAGCUGUGGGAUGUUGAAACUGACGUCGGAGUCGGACACAGAAACUUUGUAUACUCCAGUGGAUAGUCAGGCUUCCAAGGACAGAGAGAAGAUUCAGGCUGUAUUUGAAGACGACACUGGCAGCAACUUCUUCCCUCGCUCAUUGACAAAGUCCGACCUAUACGGGGAUGUCAUAUUUUCAACUGUAAAUGUUGUUGAUGAGGACUCAGCGUCAACAAUACGAUUCUAUAUUGAUCACAUCAAGAAUAUAACUGUUACGCUCGACAAUAUUCAGUAUUCCUACUCUGAUGUAUGUGCUAGACGAGAUGGAAGCUGCUACAGAUCUGAUGAUACUUUCAUUGGUUCUGUUACUGUUGGUGUAACUUAUCCGGUAUUCAACAAUGUAGAUUUGCCUUCAGUCUUAGGAAAUGUCAACGCAAAGGACGGUAAAUUAGUUUCAGCAGGGUACCUGAAAGUAACCUUCCACCUGAGGCAGGACUCGGUCAUCCUUCGUGCUGCAGCGAUUGCCUGGGAAGAUGAAUUCAUCAAAGUAAUGUCAACUUUGAAACCUGAAAACGUUACCAUGAGCUAUGCUACAUCACAGUCUCUGAACAAGGAACUGGAUGCCAACACCGGAGGGGACAUCACUUACUUCUCAAUAACGUUCACGUUGAUGAUCACUUAUGCAACAAUAAUCGUUGGUGGUGACAUGGUGUCAUCGAGGACGUGGGUUUCCUGGGCAGGAGUUCUAGCGGCUGGAAUGGGGAUUGUAUCUUCCUUUGGUCUUGUUAGCCUGUGUGGAAUGAAGUUUGUCAACAUUGUUGGGACGAUGCCAUUUCUUGUCCUAGGUAUUGGUGUGGACGACAUGUUCCUGUUGAUGUCAAGCUGGGCGGACACCUACCGUCAUCAAGACGUGUCUGUGGAAAACAGGAUUGGGAUGACGUUUGCGUCAGCUGGCAUUGGUAUCACCAUAACAUCACUGACAGACCUUCUUGCCUUCAUAAUUGGAACAUCCUCCGUCUUCAUCAGCGUCAGGAACUUCUGUGUAUAUACAGGGGUGGCCGUCAUAUUCUCCUACCUGUACCAGUGCUUCUUUUUUGCACCUUGUCUGAGUCUUCACGGCAGCCGAGUAGACGCUCGCCGACACUGCCUGACCUGCCUCAGAGUGAAGAGUCGGUUGGACUACAGGGAAGAGGACAAAAAUUGUCUCUACGUGUACAGUUGUGGAGGAACACGUCCAACAGAAAAAGGGCAAGAUGAACGUAUAUGCGAGAGUGGUCCAAGAAAAAUACUCCCUGUCAUACUCCUUCAUGUUGCUGGUUUCUCUGUUGACUUCAGCGUCACGUCUGCUCAGCCUUCUUGCUCGGAGAGGGCAGCACUCGUCGUGAAAAAAGUCAAAUAUGCUAUUGUUCAUGCUUCAGGUCCCGUACUAAAUGGCGCCAUCUCCUCUCUUUCCUUGGCGUCAUAA